GCCGGUUUUUCAUGCCUAAGGUAAGCCUAGAACUCACAUUAAUUUUUUAAAAAGCCAUAAACCUAUGUAUUCACUCAAAACAAUCCCUGGAAGUGCAAUCAGUUUUACUUCCAUGUUUUAAAUGAUCAGAAACUUUUAUUGUACAGAAUAGCAAUAAAAGUUUCUGAUCAUUUAAAACAGGAUGAUAAAAAAAAUCUUCAGCCAACAAAGGAGCAAGAGUUACACUUUCUUAGUCUUUCACAAACACUCUGGGUUUAUCCAUGCAUUAUUACUAAACACCUUCACUAUUUAGAAGAUGUGUUUUCCCCUUCCAAUGCAUUUGCAUUAUUCGUGGCAACUAGAGAACAGCAGAUUUUGUUGUGGCCUGUGGUUCUAGAUACUGUAUAUUCAUUCAUGUGUUUGGAGUACUUGACAAGCAGGAUAUAAAGGUGCAGAAUCCAUCAAUCAAUAGAUGAGCUCAAUGUUGUUGUUGGGGGAAGCUCAGAAAAGGGCAGACUCUAAACAGCGCUUCCCCCUUUCCCCCCCUUUCUCACAGUCUCGUUAAGAAGGGGAAAACGGCAGCACCUUUCCCAGUAACGCACCCCUCUGGCCGCCCCUGUCUGGCUGACGGGCAGGGGAGCAGAUCGCCGUGGGAAGGGCUGACUGAGGCAGGGGCGGGGCUGCCACUGCUUCGGAUCGCCGGGAUCGGCAAGGGGUGGGCUAGAUGACCAUCGAAGUCCUGAGCCAACCCCACCGACGGGGAUCUGGUCGCCGGAGCCGAGGCUGAGCAAGUCCGCAAACGUUCCGACUCCUGCUCGGAACUCGUCUCCCCAAGUAGCGGGAGCGCAACUCCGGCAGGGGAAGCAAGCCCCAGAGGCGACAGACCUGUCCGGGAAAGCCAAAGCGGGUACGAGGCUCAGCGUCCUCAGGAUUUGGGAACCCUUGUUGUUGUUGUUUAGUCGUUAAGUCGUGUCCGACUCUUCGUGACCCCAUGAACCAUAUUGCGCCAGGCCUUCCUGUCCUUCACUGCCUCCCUGAGUUUGCUCAGUUUAUUUAGGGCUGAAUAAUAGUAACACCACCCCGCCGUCUCAGCUCCCCCGGCUUAGAGAUUCACCUUCCCUGCGGUCCGCUCGUCGCUCGGAAACUCUACCUCUUUGCGUUAGAUCAAACGCUGCGCCCGAGUCUUUCCGAAAGUUCCCGAUAGCUAACGGAUGUGUCCGAGACCGGAUACGGGGAAAGACGAGUGCAUCCGGAACAAGACGAACAAAGUUCGGCAAUCCAAAAUACACGAAGGCUACAUUGAAGCGGAAUCCGGUGAGAAGCCAUCAUGGUGGACCUGAUCGCGCAGCUCCGGGCGGAUGGGAUCCAGAAGCGGUUGGUGCAGGAAGGCCGGGGACCGACGCCUGAUUACCAAGAUGGUACCAAGAUUACUUUCCACUAUCGCACAAUGCUUUGCAGUUCAGAUCAGAAAGUUCUAGAUGAUAGUCGUACCCGGGACAAGCCUAUGGAGCUGAUCAUCGGCAAGAAAUUCAAGCUGCCUGUCUGGGAAACCAUCUUGCACAGCAUGCAGGAGGGUGAGGUGGCUGAAUUCUUGUGUGACACAAAGCACGUGGUCUUAUAUCCGAUGGUGUCCAAGAGCCUGAGGAACAUCGCAGCCGGGAAAGAUCCACUGGAGGGACAGCGGCAUUGCUGUGGCAUUGCCCAGAUGCAUGAGCAUCAUUCGCUGGGUUACCCAGACCUUGAUGAGCUCCAGAAAAACCCCCAGCCCCUCAUCUUUGCCAUUGAAGUGCUCAAGGUGGAAAGCCCGGGCACGUACCGGCAGGAUCCAUGGGCUAUGUCGGAUGAGGAGAAGAUGAAGGCUGUGCCCCUGAUCCACCAGGAGGGCAAUGAGCUCUUCAAGGAAGGCAAAGUGCAGGAGGCUGCUGCCAAGUACUACGAUGCUAUCGCUUGCCUUAAGAACCUGCAGAUGAAGGAGCAGCCAGGAUCUCCGGACUGGAUCCAGCUGGAUCAACAGAUCACUCCUUUAUUGUUGAAUUACUGCCAGUGCAAGCUGCUGAGUGAGGAGUACUAUGAGGUGCUGGAUCACUGCUCUUCCAUUCUCAACAAGUACGAAGAUAACGUCAAGGCCUACUUCAAGAGAGCCAAGGCUCAUGCCGCUGUCUGGAAUGCAGCUGAGGCUCAGGCCGACUUCGCCAAGGUUUUGCAGCUGGAUCCAUCGCUGGCCCCGGUGGUGACUCGGGAGCUGCGCAGCUUGGAGGCUCGCCUGCGUGCAAAAGACGACGAGGACAAGAUCCGUUUCAAAGGCAUCUUCUCCCAGUAGUCAUUGGACCGGCUGCUGAUGUUCUUGCUCAGGACAGCUCUGGCUUUACUAUUUGAGCCCCGGGUGAGGCUGUGUAAGUGACAUGUGUGGCUCCUUGUCAGGGCUAGCGUAUCCCCAUCCUCCACGCCGACCUUGGAGGGAGCCAGCUUUUCUUGCCAGCAAAGGCUGUGCUCUCCAUGCCAAUAGCACUAUUUGCUACUGCCAAAGUACGUGAGAGAUAGCAGAAAGCCUUUCUGAUUCUCCAGGCCAAAGGCAGGGUGGAUGGGAAGCAUGCCCCGAAUGCAUCCGCCGAUUAGGUGUGAGCCUCUCUUUCUCCCGUCACUGUUUUUUCUCUCCUGUUCUGCCGCACGUGGUGCCUUUGGGUCAUCUGAGCACAAGGAAGGAGACUUCCUUUCCUGGGCUGAUGUGUUAUGAAAGGGCUGGCAGAAGCUACUGGCUGAAGGGUUUGCUUUGAAUCGAGGCUUCUCUUCCAUUCCCAAAUCUCCUUUCUGCUGUGAGAGGAAAGGCCAGGCGUAGGAGCAUCAGAUCCCUCUGGGAAUAGCAGGGGCUUCCGCGUCUGAGAUGUGGGCAAGAGAGGAGGGGAUGCCAGGAAUGACAGUGCUGAGAGGUGACGGGCUCUUGAGUGUCUUCCCUGCUCCCUCUCUAUGGAAGCACACAAGCGCAGGCACAACCCCAAUUUGAUAUCCUUUCCCAGCUCCUUGCUGCUGCUUGGCUGUGUAGGAUUAUACCCGAUAAUCCCUCCCCCUCAACUCGGCUUUCUAAAAGGAGUUUAGAGAACAUCUCUGUGCAGGUUAAGAAGGGAAAGCAAAGCAUAUUGUAUCAGAGGGCAGACAGUAGCUCAUGUCUGCUGUAGCGAGGUGGCUGUGCUGGCAAGCUAUCCUCAGCUCACCCCUGGGUAAAGAAUCCUGCGCCGGCUGGGUGUGAGUUGAAGAGACGUGUGUAUCCUGUCGCCUUCCAGCCUUGGGCUGCUGCUGCUGCUGCUGCAGUUGGCCUGCCAAGGGACUCUUGUUCCUGUCCAACACUACUUGGGUUUGGUACACGAGAGAGAGUGGCCUGGCAGAUGUUGUUUCCUAAUUAAAAUAGGCUGAAAUCUUCCCUUCCUUCUUUCUGUAGAAGCCAUAGAGGCAGAGGUGAUCCUAGCUAGCCUGUCACAUCUAUGUACUGGAGCAGCCUAGUGUACUCCACCUCUCGAUAGCUUCUGGCUGCUUUGGAAAUCUCAGCCCUAAAGUCAUCGCUUCUUGAAUGCCAGCUUUCCUUCCAUCAGUAGCAGUUACUGGCAAAGCAGUCCCAGGGCUUAGGUUUUGUGGCCACUCCUCGUUCCAAACGUGGUCCGUUCUGAGUUUUGUCCUUCAGCAGAGUGAGAGAGGGUGGACGGGCAUGCAGUCCUGAGCUGUUCUUCCCUUGACAGAAACCAGCUCUCAGCUUGGGCUGCGGAGAGGUUGUCAGGGCCUCUCUCAAGAAAGAAAGCUCUGUGGCUGAGUUCCCCCAGGGCAUGCUACGUGCUGGAGGAAUUGGGUGGGGAACACCUUGCUGGAUUUAGCCCUGUGGACAGGAAAAUCCCCACUACUGCAAGCUGGGGCCUCACUAUUGACUAGCUUGUUUGUUUUUGAUGGUGCGGAAUAGUGGCUGAGAGUGAAGGCCCAUGCAGGAGCUAGGCUUCCUGGUUCCACUCCCCAUUCCCAGGUAAUGGAGAAUAGCAGUGUUUUGCUAUUCCUGCUGGGGAGGGGGGUUGCCUUUCAGCCCCUCCCACAAACAUUCUAUGGCAGCUUUUCCAGUCUAGGAUCAAAGACCUGGUUGGGCUGUGUGUAUGUGUGUGUGUGUGUUUUGGUUGCAGCCAGGAGGCAGAGUGGAAAAUAUUCCCUAAUGAGACCAGAAGAGGGACAUGUCUGGUGCGUGCAGCCUUCCAGAACUGGAGUGUGUAUGUGUGUGUGUGUCUAGCUGAGUUUGGACUGCCUUUGGAAAUCGCAUACAGAGGACCCAAAUGAGGAAGCUGGGGUAUGCAGAGCAGGAUAGUUUUUUUUUUCUUUCCUGUGGUGGAUGAGACUGUGAGAGUUGUUUCCUAUUGGGGACCAGAACAGGGUUGUAUUGUUGUUUCCUUCCAUCCUGCCUCAAUAUUUGUGUUGCCAAAGCCGUCUGCGAGCCUUUCCAGAUUAGCUAUAGAUCCACAAGCUGCCAGUUCACCGAUGUUAUCGCUAAAAUUGUUCAGAAUGUUCAUCACCUUCUUUAAGGGCCAUGAAUUAGAUCUGGUCUAUGUGUAUUUCUCUCACUAAAUUGCAGGGGACUUCAUCAUUAUUUAAUUUUAGCUGUUAGGCCAGGGAGCCCCUGUGUUCAAAUAAACUAAUCUCAAUCCAAUCCAUGGCUCCUUGGAAGAAAAUACACUUGGUUUCCCUGUGCAUUUCCCAAGUGUUGGUAAAGUGAUGCAUUUGUAUAGCUAGAGCUGCUCUCCAGAUGCUAGUUAUUGGCUGCUAUUUGCUGUGCCUUCUUUUGUGAGCUCUUGUGGAAUAAAAAGUAUGCUUCAAUAGCCUCUGGACCAGAGUUUCCUGGCUGUGAUGA